UCCUGUUUCCUGUCUCGGGUCAGCUGCUCCUCGUUUGUUUGGAAACGCCUCCGUGCUGCAGCUCCAUGCAGAGUUCCGUCCUCUGCGGCCUUUUCUCUCCUCCGUGAUGGGGGACAACGACGACAGCGACAUUAUAGAGCACCACGUGGAGGAGGAGAUGGAGAAGAAAGGCCGCGCGAGACAGGCGGGCUCCGGGUCUUUGAUGGAGAGCCUCGGUGGUUCGGACCGUGAAGGCCACAGCGGAACCCAGUCCUCCCACAGACUGCUGGCCUACAGCGACGCACUCAUCUCCAUCAUCGCCACAGUCAUGAUUUUACCUGUUGCUCACACAAAAGUGGAGGAUAAUGAGGAGUUACGAGAGAGCGUUCAGCUCCUGUUGUCGACAAAGAUCUGUGUUUAUUUAAUGACCUUUCUGAUAGUGACUGUUGCAUGGGCCGCUCAUAUCAGGUUAUUUCAAGUGAUUGUACGAAUUGACGAUUGCCUUGCACUGCUGAACCUCGCCUGUAUGAUGCUGAUCACCUUUCUCCCGUACACUUUCUCUCUGAUGGCGACCUUCCCUGAGAACAUCCUGGGGAUUCUGCUUUUCUGUGGUUGUGUGAUGGUCAUCGGUGUCAUUCAGUCGGUCAUUGUGUUGUAUGCCUUCAGUCAGCCGUUUCUACUCAGUGAGCAGAUCCAGAUGUCGGAGAACCGGACCUUCUACAAACACCACAUCCUGAAGGUCAUCAUGAGGGUCCCUCUCAUGUGCUUCUUAGCCAGUAUUGUGUCCUUCGUCGUCUUUCAGCUGUCGUACGUUCUGUUGGCCAUCAUCAUCUUCCUGCCGUACAUCUCCCGCUGUGUGGAGUGGUGUCACAAAAAAGUCAUGGGUCCUGUGGAGGAGUCUCCAGACUCGGUGUUGUUCUACACGUACCUGCCCAACGAACCUCUGAGCAAAGAGCGAGUGGAGGCGUUCAGCGACGGGGUUUACGCCAUCGUAGCGACGCUCCUCAUCCUGGACAUCUGUGAGGACAACGUUCCAGACGUGGCGGUGGUGCAGCAGCGGUUCGGGGGCAGUCUGGUGGCCGCUCUGCAGGACUACGGCCCUGAAUACCUGGCCUACUUCGGCUCCUUCGUCACCGUCGGCCUCCUCUGGUUCGUCCACCACUCGCUGUUCCUCCACGUUACCAAGGCGACGCGCUUCAUGAGCCUGCUCAACACCUUCUCUCUGGCAUUCGUCGGGGGUUUGCCGUUAGCCUAUCAGCUGACGCACGAAUUCCCGCGCAACUCUCAGAACGAACUGGAGGCCAUUCAGAUCAGCUGCGUGAUCAUCUUCUUCGCGGGUAUAUUCCAACUGGCCAUCUGGGUGGUGGCGCUGUACAACGAACAGGAAACGCUGCACCCUUAUGUUCGGUACGGAGGCCGGGAACAUGUGUUCAUGCUGGCUAAGCUAGCUCUGUACCCCUGUGUAGCUUUAGGAACGUUCUUCCUCACUUGUAUUUUGAGUAAAUUUAGCGCCCCCAUUUUCCACCUGAUGGAGAUCACAGUGCCUUUUGCGUUUCUCGUGUUGCGGUUGCUGGUGCGUGUUGGGUUAGCGCUCAUACGUCUCAUUUUCUGUCCUGACCGACCCGACCUCAGAUCUGUAGUAGAUGACGAUGAAUCCACAGUACCGUUUAACGCUUUAGUUACUUAGCUUUAGCUUCGCUCCGGCCUCAGAAAACAAAUGGAGACUGGAUCGGACUUUGUUCAGUACUUAAAUUUGGGCCAAAUCUGUUUGGAAAGAGUCGGUGCAAAUACGACUGAUAUGACCUCAGGUUGAACAUUAGGUGAGAAUCUUAGGCUACGUUCAGACUGAAGGCAAAUGUGGUCCAAAUCCGACUUUAUGUGACCUGUAUCCGAUCUGUUAAAGAUAGUUUGAACAGCACAAAUCCGAUUUUUUUUUAA